AUGGAUCCCAACUCAACGUCCUUUGGACAAUCGCUCCUACCCUACUCCUACGCAUCAGCCACCACUGCACCGCAGACCGGAUACAUUUCACCACCAGAGUCGCGUCGUGCGAUUGAGGAGGAGGAAGACAAGCGGGCACCACUACAUUCCCUUCCAUCUAUUCGGGAGGCUUUGGGCAACAAUAGUCCAUUGCCAUACCGCACGUCAGAAUUACUCCCUCGUCUACAUUUCGCACAUACGGCAUCGUCGUACUACCAGAUCUGGCGACCGAGUGCGGGACCGAUAUGGGACCACGGCUUUCCCCAUCUGUCUCAGCUGCAAGUAGAGGUGUCGCGAACGCACCUCACCUCGAUCACUACCCAAGAAUCAGAAAACGUGUCACUUGACUCGCUAAGCAUGGCCAAGUCUCCUAUUCAGAGCGCCAAGACAGACAUCACCCCCGUCUCCGAGUCACUAAAUCCUUCCGAGUUCGACGACGUUUAUCCACGUGCCCCAGUCACCGCUCAAACAAGAAACUGGAACUACUCCACGACCGACGCACCUAGCAAGCAGCGGCGGCGACUAAUUAACCGGUUUCUCGAACUUGAUGAGAUUCCCGAAGAAUAUGUUUCUUUGGAUGAGUUCCCUCCGCGAAUGCCAACGCUAAAGGAGAUUGAUACAAUUCUUAAACCCUGGCGAUCCGAUAACGACAUUCGUCGAAAAGCAUACUAUAUGUCUAAGGAUAACGUGCUUGUUUUUCUUCGGACCCAUUAUAACCCAGACGAUGAUCACAAACUUAAGGAAUGGAUUCAUGAAAACGAUCUGUUCGAGGAUGACGCCUGGUGGGCAUGUCUCAACGAUCCGUACUUAUUUAAUUUCGGCUCAGACUGGCAGCAGGUGUACGAAAUCAUGCCUGAGGUCGUUGGUCCCGUUGAUCGCAGGCGACGAUCUGAUGAUCCGAGCAAACUAAAACAUUUUCAAGCAUCGUCCGCCAGAAGUCUACACACAAGGAAUCAGGAAGGCCUCCAUGGAUGGAGAGAGAGUCAGGUUAAGAUGACUGAAGAGUCAGCGAAACCUCCACCGAACGCCACCUUUGCGGCGUAUAUUGUCAUCGCGGAUCAAGAGGCUUUUCAGACUGGACGUUUACGACUGUUUUGUCUUGACGAUGGACGGAAAAUUGUCUGGGAGACUCGCGUUGAUCGGAAGCCAGCUGAGAUCAUGAAACUUAUUCGUCACUCGGGCUCUAUAUCAGGACCAUUGUCAUGA